AUGAAAAAAGCAGUUGAUCCGCUGGACAGUAUGAUUGAUGUGUCUGUUGGUACGCUCGCGAGACGAGAUGGAUUCUGUGAUCAGAAUUCUCAAUUCAAUCGAGAAUCCAUUCCAGUGUGUGUGGGUCUCUCGCUAGCCCGAGAAUCCAGGCACCAAAUGCAACAAAGGAGUGUCAACCCCAAUUGA